CCCAGAUCCAGCCAGGAUGGACUGGGAUUGAACCCAGAUCCAGCCGGGAUCCACCAGGACUGAACCCAGAUCCAGCCCGCAGGGCUGGGGCCGGUGCUGCAGCAACUGAGAUCACCGGGAUCUGCUGGGAUCCAGCCCAAAUCCAGCCAGGAUCCAGCUGGGAUUGAACCCAGAUCCAGCCCCCAGGGCUGCAGGCAGUGCUGCAGCAACUGAGGGAUCUGCUGGGAUCCAGCCCAGAUCCAGCUGGGAUUGAACCCAGAUCCAGCCAGGAUGGACUGGGAUUGGCCUGGGAUCACAGCCGGGAUCCACCAGGACUGAACCCAGAUCCAGCCCGCAGGGCUGGGGCCGGUGCUGCAGCAACUGAGGGAUCACCGGGAUCUGCUGGGAUCAGAGCUGGGAUCCAGCCCAAAUCCAGCCCAGAUCCAGCUGGGAUUGAACCCAGAUCCAGCCAGGAUCCAGCCAGGAUCCACCAGGACUGAACCCAGAUCCAGCCCCCAGGGCUGCAGGCAGUGCUGCAGCAACUGAGGGAUCCACGGGAUCUGCUGGGAUCCAGCCCAAAUCUAGCCGGGAUUACACCCAGGAUCCAGCCCAGAUCCUGUUGGGAUCACAGCCAGGAUCCAGCCCAGAUCCAGCCGGGAUCCACCAGGAUGAACCCAGAUCCAGCCCCCAGGGCUGUGGCCAGCGCUGGAGCAGCUGAGGGAUCCACGGGAUCCAGCCAGAUUCCAGUGGGGAUCCCAGCCCCAUUCCCAGCCCAGAUCCCAGCCAGGAUCCCACCAGAUCCCAGCCUGGAUCCCAGCUCCAUCUCCGCCCUGGGACUCUCCCCGAGCUCUCUCCCAGCACUUUUUGAAGCUUCCAAGGCUCCACCUCGGCACCAGAUCCCUCCUGGCUCCACCAGAUCCCUCCUGGCUCCAUCAGGCCCCACUUGGAUCUACCAGAUCCCACCUGGACCUUCCAGAUUUCACACGGAUUCUCCAGAUCCCUCCUGGAUCCUCCAGAUCUCACCCAGAUCCUCCAGAUCCCUCCUGGAUCCUCCAGAUCUCACCCAGAUCCUCCAGACUCCACCUGGAUCCUCCAGAUCCCACCUGGAUCCUCCAGAUCUCACCCAGAUCCUCCAGAUCCCACCUGGAUCCUCCAGAUCUCACCCAGAUCCACCAGACUCCACCUGGAUCCUCCAGAUCCCACCUGGAUCCUCCAGACUCCUCCUGGAUCCUCCAGAUCCCACCUGGAUCCUCCAGACUCCACCUGGAUCCUCCAGAUCCCUUUUGGAUUCACCAGAUCCCACACGGACCCUCCAGAUCCCCUCUGGCUCCACCAGCCCCCACCUGGAUCCUCCCAACCCCUCGUGGAUCCUGGCAGAUCCCGGUGCCAGAUCCCCGAUCCCUCUCUGGCCGCACCGGGGCCGGGACUGGACUCCAGGGGACCCCGCGGGGCCUCGGACGCUUGGACCCCCCCCAGAUCCCCCCUGGAUCCCCCCGGAUCCCUCCAGACCCCCUGGAUUCCUCCUGGACCCCCUCAGAUCCUCCUGGAUCCCCCUGGAUCCCUGUGGAUCCCGGGAUCUGGGGGUCCUGGAGCCCCCCGGGGCCCAGCAGGGAUCUCUGUGGGGUUUUGGUUGUUCCUUGUGGAUCCCUCCUGGAUCCUGGGAUCUGGGGGUCCCGGAGCCCCCUGUGGAUCCCUCCUGGAUCCCCCCAGAUCCUCCUGGACCCCCCCAGAUCCUCCUGGAUCCCCUCAGAUCCCUCCUGGAUCCCAGGAUCUGGGGGUCCCGGGACCCCCCAGGGAUCUCCGCAGGGUUUUGGUCGCUCCCCGUGGGGCAGGAGCUGCGGUGGCACCGUGGGAGAGCCUGGGGACACCUGGGGACACUGAGGGGACGCCUGGGGACACUGCUGUGGCAGCUGGGGUGGCCUUGGGGGUGGCCCCUGAGUGACCUCGGCCGUGGUCACCUCACAGCGAUGUCCCCAUGGUCAUCCUGGCUGUGGUCACCCCCCAGGUGA